AUGUUUGCCCCGAAAAACAGAGAAAGUAUCUACGGCACUUUCGCAUUCGCUUUCACCAUCACCCGAGCUUUACAAGCCAUUUGCCUCAUAUGCAUUCUCGGUAUGUCUGCAAAUUUUAUCGGAGAAAUCAACGCGGCCGAUACGGCGCCGCCUGAAGUUCUCAUUGGAACUCUCAGUGUUGUCGUUAUUGCCAUUAUCUAUAUCGGCGUCUCCUAUCUUCUCUAUCUUGAAGAGCAAAUUUCCUUUCUCAUUUCUACAGCAUGCGACUCAUUGGCUCUUAUUGGACUCAUUGUGGUCUCUGUGAAAGUCGGAACACCCCUUUCCUACUUGGAUUGUCCUGCUCUUCCCAACGUUGGAGUGACAUCAACAUUCGUUGAAUCAGCUGUCGGCAAUUUCUCCAAGGCCAAUUACUAUUAUUGGGUUAAUGCAUCGAAGACGGCGUGCUACGAGAUGAAAGCCAUCUGGGGGUUCAGCAUGGCGCUCUGCGUACUAUUCUUCUUCAGUGGCAUUGUCAACAUUUGCAUCUGGCACAAGUUGAAGCAGUUUGUUCCGCGAAAGGAUGUUUUGGAGUACCAGGGCUAG